AUGAAAGAAAAACUUGUCGAUCGCAUCACACUAUGGAUGAUCGAACGCGAACGCGCUGAUCUCAGCGUGCAACUGAUCGCCCUCACUGAUCGUCUUGAAGAUGCUGAGGGAACGACCGAUAGCCAGGUAUCACCAGAAAUCUACAUUCAUCAAUAUUUUUGCAGUUCUCUAUGGUUUAAUUCGAUAGCUAGCUAAUC